AUGGCGGCCGAGGAGCUGGUUCAGGGGGAAGACCUCAGGGCCGAACUGGCAGAACUGCAGGCCUACCUCGCUUCGUUAUGUCCCGCGGUCUUAGGACUGGAGGGGGAGGGGGACCUUAGCGCGCAGGCUUUCGGCAAGGCCUUGGAAGCACCAGAUGCGUGCGCGCUGCUCAGCACGGAUAAGGCUGAAGGUCAAGUUUUGGACUGGCCGUCGGCGCUGUUCGUCGAGGUGGAGGAUGCCGCGGCCUCUGCCGCAGCCGUCGCAGCCGCCGGCGGCGUAAGCGGGGCCGAGGGCGGGGGCUCCCGUGGGACAGUCGGAGGGGGGGGCGACGAGCGCACGCGCAGCGCCGCUGUGGGCGGGUUCUGGUUCGGGCUGGACACGCGACAUGUGGAGGAUGCGCCUGGGUUGGCGGUUAUCAAGAGGCAUCCCGGAGGGCUGGAGCCGACGACGAGGCGCCCUCUCCAGGCACAGCUUCAGUUGAUGUCCUUCCCGGGCAGCGACGCCCAGGCGGAAGUCUCAGGGCCGAAGGGCGGCGGCGGCGGUGGUGGCAAAGCAGAGGAAGGGAUGCCGCCGAGUGGGUCGGUGUUCUCGGUGCUUCAGGCCUACGCCACUCAUGUCUUCGCGCCCACCGUCCGGGCGUACGCGGCUGCUAGGGGUGGGGAUGACAAACUGGACUCCGGGGUAUCGGUCCUUCAGCGACGAAUCACGGAACUCGAGCAAGCGCUAGACCGCUGCCAGAAGCGGUUGGAGAUUCCCACAGUGGCCCUCACGGCACACCCGGAGGUAGAAGCAGCUAGCAGCAAGGUCGGCAAGGGGGGACAGGUGGACCUGGACGCUGUGGGCCUGGGGAAGCGUGUUCAGGAAGACGCCUUCUUGAACCAAGUCCAGGGAUGUACGUGUUUUACCGCGUGUAUGGUGGCUGGCGUGGCGGCCGCAGCAGUGGCGGGAGUGCACGUGUGGGUCAAGGACAUCCAGAAGCUGACGAACCUCACAAAUCGCUCCUUCCCCGAGAGCGCUGCGGAGGAGAUUCACUUCUGGAGUUCCAUCGGAGAGGCCCUCGAGAUGACCAACACGGAGCUCAGGUAG